GGAGAUAGAGGACAAGAGGCAAAAUGUUCGUAUCGCUCGCAGUGUUUAUUGCGAUUUGUGGGCUAGCUCACGCUGGCCCCCUCGAUCUUGGUCGGAUCGUAAACGGUACUGAUGCGCGGAUCGAAGACUAUCCGUUCAUCAUCUCCCUGCGAGGAGGAAGCGGAGGACACUCGUGUGGUGGAAGCAUCCUGAACAGCCGCUGGAUUCUAACGGCGGCUCACUGCGUCGACUACACCACGCCUCUCACGCAGUCGAUCCAGGUCGGCCGGUCCGACAUCUCGCGCGAUGUCGAUGAGUCCGUGUACCAGAUCGAGGACGUCGUCAUCCAUCCGGGGUACAACCCAUCGGACAGCUACAUCGAUGACAUUGCCCUGCUUAAGCUGCGCAAGCCAUUGGAGUUCAACGAACGUGUCCAGCCCGUACGGCUUCCGAAGCGUUUCUCCGAGAUCGACGUAACGACGCCGAACCACGUGGUAACUCUAAUCGGAUGGGGUCGUAACGCUUCCGACGGACCGGUGCAGACAACGCUGCAGGAGGUGGACUACUACUUUGUCCCGAACGAAGAGUGCAAUCGCAUCCACAGCAAUCACAUCUAUCCGACUCAGAUCUGCGCUGCCGAACCAGGUGGCGGCAAGGGACAGUGCAGCGGUGACUCUGGCGGACCUCUGCUGUACGAUGGCGUCCAGGUUGGAAUCGUGUCGUGGAGUAUCAAACCGUGCACAAUCGCACCGUACCCGGGCGUGCUGACCAAGGUGUCGUACUACGUGGACUUUAUCAACCAAUACGCGAGUGACUACGGAAGCACGAAUUAACGCACGAAUUCGCAUCUCAUGUUUUUGUUUGAGCCGAUAUAAAUAUAGAACAAUCA